AUUGAACCUCUCUUCGUGUAUCUCUUACCCAGACUCUGUAACAAUGGCAAAGUCGCCUACUCAAAACCACCAGUUAGAGAAUCCAUACCGACGCGCAGGUGCAGCAUGCUGUAUCCAAUGUAACAAACGAUUUAGUUCCAAAGCUGCGAUUGAACAGCACUUAGAGGAACAUCCGGAUGGGAUCGAUUUAGAGAAAUGCUAUUUCAAAUGCCCUUAUCCCGGAUGUACCUUCAAGUGUCUCCAGGAGAGCAAUUGGCGCAAUUCCCACGUGAACAAACAUACGGGAAAAAAGCCUCAUACAUGUCCUGAUACUGUGACCGACGAGCACGGCAACCUGAUACCAUGCGACUACCGAAGCGGCGAUCCUGGAACUCUCAAUAGACAUAGACAAGGGAGACACAACUAUCAGACUAAGAAGCGCGCAAAGAGAUGCGAUACAGGCCUCCCGAAACCAAAGGUAUCGACAAAAGGCCUCUGUGUUCCUGCCGAUAACGAUACCAACAACACCAUUACGUCCAACGCGCAGUAUAUGGAAUCUCUCGCUUGGAUGAUAAAGAUGCCUCGAAACAUAGCUGUGCAUGGUCGUCGUCAGAGUUUCAUUCCCCCUCACGACCAAGAGAAUAUUCCUCAACAGCAAGGACAAUAUAGCAACUCUCAGUACUAUCCUAUUGGUGGACACCUCUCGUCUUCCUCAAGCCUCACUACCAACUACGGGACUUUGACUCACCCUGAACCUUUUCACUCUUCAAAUAUUACCGAUGAAAAUGGCUCAGGGUUGUCGGAUGCUUCUAAUGCCAACUACUCCUUGCCUUUUGAUUACGAUCUAUAUGCUCCUAGCGGCAACGUUGAUCAGGGAAACUUGUUCGCACCAUUCUCGCAGAUGCUUGGCUCUACACCUUGCUCCUCAUACCCUUCAUCUGAAUAUGGUACCAAUCUGAACUGCAUGCGCCCGAUGUCCACGGCGACAGUCAACAACCGUAUUCCUUCAUAUGAUGGUUUGAGGUCGAAUGAUACCUCUUCCGGGUCCUUGUCAACGACACUCGAACCUUCCUCUCAGAGGCUACAGAACUGGGAAUUGUCGCUGCAAUCUUCGUUCCAAAAUCCAUUCUCGGGACAUCAACAGUUCCCUGAACUCAACGGGAUGUUUUCGAAUGUUCUUCUGCAUGCAUGGCAUCAGGACUCAGCAAGUAGUAGGAAUAUGGCACAGCAACGUAUGUUUCCGUAUGGAUCAUACUUGUAGCCUAUGUCUACCCGGCCUACAAGAUGCUUCCGCCAUGGGCUUCAAAUUAUCGUCACAUUAUAUCUGUCAUCUUUCGUUAUGUAUUACUAGUAAUUCACGUACAGUAGUACGUCUAAUAUCUUCAUACUGGGUAUGUAGUAGAUUUUUCUCCAAACUCUUUUGAGCGGGUUGUAAUACAGGAUGGUUAUGCAU